AGUAAAGUGCUCUGAGAUUACAGUAAUACUGAAUAAACCAGGUGCAAAAUCUAACCUUCUCUACGUCAGUCACAAUCUUUCACUCUUCAUAUGAUUCCUUCAUGCUGCUAUAAAACACCGUGAACACACACACACAGCACGUGGACGAUCUGUUUAAUACAAAUGUCCAUAUCAUUGUCCAUAUCAUUGUCCAUAUUAUUGUCCAUAUUAUUGAACUCUUAAUGUUUUUAAGCAGCAUCACAUUCUUGUUAGAUUUCUGUUAUUUCUUUAUCUGCAUCAGAUUUUCUAAAUCAGUGUCAGAAAACGUUAAACAUUUUGAACUAUGAUUGAGAUAUUAACCUUAAAGAGUGAAAAAAAAUCCACACAGAGCCAAACAAAAGCUCACUUGUGAAACAUGUGGUCAGUAAAAGCACUCAGGAAUUUAAAUACAGCUUCAAAUUCUUCACUAACAUUAAAGUAGAAAAGUAUAAACUCUUAAAUUUACUUCAAUUAUGAAAAUCAAAGUGCAAGAAAGAUUCCCAGAAGAGAAAAACUUCUCAGUCACACACUGAUUUUAGUUCCUGAUGAUAAAUUAAUGCCUGUUUCACCAAGAGGUCAUUAGCUUUAUUCCUAAUCUCUCGUGUUAGCUAGCAGGAUACGAAAUAUCCGAAGGCUAAUUGCUAGCUGUGAUAAAUACAGCUGUGCACGUAGCAGCAGAUCGAUUACAGAUCAUGUGGAUUUAACUUUAAAGCUGUCUGAUGAUAAAGAGUCACUUUACACGUGAAUGCUGUGAUGUUUGAAAAUGCAGUGAGGAGAAAGUGCAGAUUUUUAUUUUGAAAUGUUGUAAAAGUGGGAAGAAUUAGGUGAAAGAAGAACUGAAUUAAUGUGAAGAGAGAACGUUAUCGUUUAUUUAACGUUUACUCUGCAUGUGAUCUUCAGCAGGAUCUUCUCUCCAGCUCGCUGUAAUGUUCGCUGAAGAUUUCAAAACCACUCCGCAAUCAGGAAACAGAACCAGGUGGAAAAGUCAAAGUACUAAACAGUGGCUAUUAGAGAUAAUCUACUGGUUAAAUAUUGGUUAGAGUUAAUCUGUAGAGGAAAGAGCGGGUGGAUCACAGAGGGACAGAGAUAAGGGCUCGGUGUUGCACUGAGACGACGGUAAUAACUCCACACCGAAAGAGGGGAAAAGAGGACGAGGAGAAAGUAACGAGGAUUCAACCAAUAACAGAGCAGAGGCGAGGAAAUGAUGCACAACAGCGAGAGUUUACAAAGUUUUAUUAAUGUUUUAUCCUGAUCAGCGUCACUCUGGUUUCAAUUACUAACUGGUUUAUGUUUUGGGAAACAGAAGCAGCUGAGUUCAUUCUAAACUAUAAACCAAAUAACUGCAGGAGUCAGAGGGAUUGGACAGAAUUCCUCUUAGAGUGAGUGGGAUUGGUCAGAAUUCCUUUCUAAAUGGAUGGGACAGGUUAGAAUUCCUUCAUGAGUGGGUGGGAUUGGUCAGAAUUCCUAAUGAUUAGACAGAAUUCCUUCAGAAACAGGUGGGAUUGGUCAGAAUUCCUUUGUGAAUAAGUGAGAUUGGUCAGAGUUACUUCAUUUGGGGAAAAGAUUGGUCUGAAUAUUCUGGGAGAGGACAGGAUUGGUCUGAAUAUUCUGGGAGAGGACAGGAUUGGUCUGAAUAUUCUGGGAGAGGACAGGAUUGGUCAGAAUCCCCUCAGGAGCCAGUGGGAGAAAACAUUCCUGCACAUCUCUAAUACACAUCACUCUUAGCUCUCUGCUACUGUUAGCUAAAUGUUAGCUAAAACACUGUACAUUUUAAUUCUUUAUUAUAUUAAAUCAUUUUUCUUUACAAUGCUCCAGGCUCCCUUUGACUCAUUAUAUCUUUUAAAAAGAAUAAAUAAAAAAACUCCAGAAAAUAUGAAACCUUUUGAAGCAUCUCAUCUGAAUAUUCAAAUCUGUGAGAUCUGAGUGGUCGAGACUGGAGCAGAGACGAAGCGGAGGAUAAAGAGGAGGACUGAUAAAGUUAAUGUACAGUGUUUAAGGAGCAGAUCUCAUCCUGGAUACUACAGACAGGAAACACCAAAAACAGAUGUUCACAGCAGACGUCUGGACCUCCUGCAGUAAAACACUGGGAAUGAACUGAAUACAGAGCGACGGGUCGAGAAGAUUAAGAGCUCCUGCUGCUUUACUGAGGAUCCACUAGAACAGACUCAGGAUGAAGUUCGAGAACAUUCUGGCUGAGGCCGAUGGUUUUGGACGUUACCAGAUUGCGCUCUUCAUGCUGAUGGUGCUCCCACGCAUCACCCUCCCGUGUCACUUCCUGCUGAAUAACUUCAUCGCCGCCACACCGUCCCAUCACUGCAACAUCAGCUCUCUGGACUCUCACGGCGUUUUUGAGACUCUGACUCCGGAGGAGAGACUGACUGUCAGCAUUCCAAAACAGGAAGACGGAACCUUCACUUCCUGUCACAUGUUCUUACAACCUCAGUUUUAUCUUCUGACAAACUCAUCUAAUGCUACACAACUUCCUGUCGUUCCGUGUCAGAGUGGAUGGGUGUACGACUCCAGCACGUUCAAGUCCACUUUGGUCUCACAGUUUGAUCUAGUGUGUAAUACAAAGGGACUAACUAAAGCAUCGGCCACCGUGUUCUUCACUGGCCUCAUGUUCGGGGCUGUAGUCUUUGGCAUUCUUUGUGACAAGUACGGCCGUAAGACCAUACUGCUGGUUUCCUACAUCUUGGCCAUCAUCUUCAGCAUAGCCAGUGCUGUCUCGACCAGUUUCAUCAUGUUCGCAGCGUUCCGCUUCCUGACGGGAUUCGGCCUGUCUGGAACCAGCAUCAUCGCCAUCGUUCUCAGUAUCGAGUGGGUGGACAUUGAGCAUCGCACCAUUAUCGGUGUGUGUAGCAGCAUUGUCUGGACCGUGGGUAAUUCCCUGCUUGCAGGCGUUGCCUACCUGAUCACUGAUUGGAAGAUACUGUUACUUACAGUCUCCUCCCCCCUUGUGAUCGCCGUGGCAACCUGGUGGAUGAUCCCAGAGUCAGCUCGCUGGCUGAUAGUGAAUGGAAAAACAGGUGAGGCGUAUAAAUACCUGCAGAAGUGCGCUAGUGUUAACAGGAGGUCAGAAUUCACCUCCACAAUCAAACCUCAGGCUCUGUGUGAGGUUGUAACAGGAGAUAAUCAGAGACAUAAUUAUACUUAUUUAGACCUCAUCAAAACUCCACGUUUGAGAAGAAUCACCAUCUACACCAGUAUUGUGUGGUACUGCGUGGCCUCCACGUACUACGGCAUCAGUUUAAACAUCACCGGCUUUGGGCUGGACCUCUACCUCACACACUUCAUCUACAGCAUCAUCGAGCUGCCCACUAAAUUCAUCAUUUACUUCAGCCUGAAGAAACUCGGACGAAGAGUCAACCAAGUAGGAACGCUGGUCCUCACAGGAGUGUGUAUCAUCAUCAACAUCGUCACCCCUAAAGAUUACUGGACAUUUCGCACUAUUAUAGCAGUGUUGGGUAAAGGCCUAUCAGAAGCUUCAUUCACCACCGUUGUCCUGUACACCACUGAGCUUUACCCUACUGUGUUACGACAGAACGGUGUGGGUUACACUAGUUUUGUUGGUCGAUUGGGUGCGUCCGUGUCUCCCCUCGUCAUGCUGCUGGAGGACGUGUGGCUCCCCCUCCCCCAGCUCGUGUUUGGCAUGAUGGCCGUCUCGUCCGGUCUCGUGGCCCUCCUGCUCCCUGAAACCAACAACGCGCGCCUGCCGGAGACCAUCGAGGACAUCGAGCAGACCAGAAAGAGUUCAUUCUGCAUGAGCACACAGGAACAGAGUAAAUCUCCACUGAAAAUAGACAUGACUGAAGACACUGUGCAAUAACACACACACACACACACACACACACACACAGAUUUUAGUUUUAACUUCAUCCUGUAAUAUCCCUCUGAAUAAAAGCUGACAGUAAUCUGUGUAACGGUGGUUCUGUUGCUUUUCAUCUUCACGACAGCGGCUGUAGAGAGAAGAACAUCGAAUUAAACGUCGUAUUCAGAGUCGAGUCCAAAAGUGACGUCAGUGUUGACGUGAGGAAAGUUGCUGGUAUUCAGAGUCGGGUUACGCAGCUGCUUCAGUGGGUUAAAUGAGCUCCACGUUCAGAUUAUUCAAAUCAUCUCCAAGGUUCUUCAGUAGACGCGUCCAAGACGAGAGUUUUUAUAAAUUAAUUCAUAAUAUUAUUAAUAACAGAUUCACUCCUUGAGAUGAGCCGUGUCUCGGAUUAAGAUCUCCUCCGUGUGCAUUAAACCUUUUUGUGGACUUUUUGUGUGAUGAUGUCAUUAAUUAAUGAUGUUACACGGUGUGUUUGAGUGUAUUUACAGCUAAAACAUAAAUCUCAGCGUGACAUAUUAGAGAUUCUCCUGGACAUGUUGUAGUUAUUAUUAUGUUAAAGCUCCUGCCGCGUUGCUCCUCUGCACUCUGUAACACUGAAGUUAAAUAUUAGCGUUGCUGUGUUCACAUCGAGAAGAUCUCUGUGGAUCGUUAACUCACGCUGGCACGAAACGCGAUGAUGUUUUAUCUGAUUUAGUUUUGUUUCAUCAUUGCUCAGGUUUGUGUAAUGCCACGUCACCGGAAAUCAUUUUAAGGAAAAAACAGAUGUUUAUAAUAAUAAAGUAUAAUAAUAAUAAUAAUAAUAAUAAUAGAGCUGUAACGUGUUCAGGAGAGAUCUGAUUCAAGAUUCAAGAUUCAAAGAACUUUAUUAAUCCCAGGGGGAAAUUGUUUAACGCACAGGAGAAAAAUAAUUAAAUAAGGAAGAACAGAAUUCUCUCUAACAUCUUUACACUGAAUUCACUCUCACUGAAUAAACAAACAAAUAAAUAAAUAAAUAAAUAAAAUGAUAAA